AUGGCUUCUUCACAGGCCUCACGCCAUCGACCAUGGUCGGAUCCUUUCUCUGCUCUCCAGCCCAAGAUCAACUUUCAGGUGCUAGAAUACCUUUCCCUUCACGCUUCCCUUCGCGACGUGAAGUCUGCCAUCGCGUCUUCGCCUAUGCUGUUCAAGAUCUUCCAAAGCAAUCGCGAAUAUAUUCUCAGGCCACACCUACAUGAACUUCAGCUUAGCUAUGGUGACGUCUCAUCGUUUCAGCUAGCAGCAGCAGCUAUGCAUCUCCGUGAACUGCAUUCUAAGCACGACGGAGAUACUGUCUGGGUCCUGGAAAAGGAGGUCGGGCCUGUUCUGGACUCCAUAUUGCGGUUGAACGCCAAAACGACAGAGGGAACGGGCAUCAUUAACCUCGGCAUGGUCACGGCAGCCCAAGAACUCCUUCCCGAGAUCACCGGGGCUUUCAUGACACCGGGCCCGUUGGAGGACGAAGAAGCCGAAUUUCAAUAUCGGAGCCCGGGCUCGAUCUGGCCGGACAAGGCCCCCCUGGGUAUAAGGAGAGCAUUCAGCGACGGUUUCCUAAGAUUUGAUUGCUACCGGAACAUAUUCCAUCGCAAUGGUCAGGACCUUUUUAUGGAACGUGCUGGAAUCAAGGAUACCUUCUUGAAUUCAUUUCCCGAGUUUCCUAAAUUCGAUGACAAGAUUCUGUGGAGGUAUCCAUAUAUGAUCCUAGGAAGACUCCGUCACCGAUAUGAGGAUCUCAUGACCGAUGUUGAGUGGACCAUACGUGGCUCUCGAAAGAUUGUAUGGUCAAAGGGGGCAUGGAAAGAUGUCCUUGCAGCAAUGGCCAGAAUUGACUUUCGGAACCGUACUAGGAUAGAGCAUGGGUAUUUUGUGCAUCGCCUCAUGCUCCAAGGCUAUCCCAAACUUGCUUUCUGGGAACAGCUUUCCCAUGAGACUCUUGUGAGUACCGUGGAGGAGGAAUUCGAGGAACUCGUUUUAUCAAACCUGGAAGCUCCUGGAGCAUGGGCAGCCGACAAGAGCCACUACAAUAACCUUCAACGACAUUUCACUCUCUGGAGGAAUUGA